AGGAGAGGGGCGGUGCAAAGAUGCUGAGGAGGGAUAACGGUGGAAGCAACAGGCAACAGCCGCAAAUCUGGACAAAAAACCCGCAGAGAAUCAAGAGAAGAGCUGAUGAAAGCUGCCAAAACCACCUGAUGCUGCAGCCUAAUCUGGUCGCCUGGGACUAAGCACACACACACACAUACAUAUAUACAUACACACAUAUAUAUAUAUAUAUAUAUAGAGAGAGAGAGAUAUAUCUAUAUAUAUCUAUAUAUGUAUAUAUGUAUGUAUGUAUAUAUAUAUAUAUAGAUAUAUAUAUAGUAUAUAUACACACAAACACACACACAACCAGCAUGGCAUCAGACCCGCCCAUCCUGACAGAGCAGGAGGAGCUGCAGAGGAGAGUCAAUCAGGUCACAGAUGAGUCUCUGGAUAGCACAAGGCGGAUGAUGCAGCUUGUUGAGGAGAGUAAAGAGGCCGGGAUCAUAUCUUUGGUUAUGCUGGAUGAACAAGGAGAGCAGUUGGAGCGUAUUGAGGAGGGCAUGGACUCCAUCAACAGGGACAUGAGGGAGGCAGAGAAGAAUCUGACAGACAUGGCCCAGUGCUGUGGUCUGUGUGCCUGGCCGAUCAGGAAACUCAAGGCCUUUGAGAAGAGCGGGGCGUACAAGGCAGUUUGGGGUGGAGCCUCUGGUCAGGACGGCGUCGUGUCCAAUCAGCCGCCGUUGUCGCGAGUCGUGGAUGAGAGGGAGCAAAUGAUCAUGAGUGGAGGAUACAUACGGAGGGUGACUAACGACGCCCGUGAGGACGAGAUGGAGGAGAACCUGGCUCAUGUCGGCAGCAUUGUUGGAAAUCUGAGGAGCAUGGCUCUGGACAUGGGCAACGAGAUCGACAUGCACAACGCCCAGAUCACUCGUAUCCGGGGCGAGGCGAUUCUCAACGUGUCCCGCAUCGACGCUGCCAACCAGAAAGCUAACAGUCUCAUGAAACGAUAGGAAAGGAAAGGAACGCGCUUCCGUUUUUUUUUCUUCUACAAAUUCAUCCUGCUUUUGCAAUUACAACAUUCUCGCAUGCUGUGCCAAUGUGCUGCCGCUGUUAUUCUCUGACUGACACAAGUCGCUUUUUAAGUUGUGUUUUGAGGAUGAGAACAUCAUGUAAUAUUAUUGCUGUCAUAUUCCUUCAGGGACUGUGUCCGUUAUUCCCACCGACCUCUGAAAUGUUCAUUAUCUCUUAUCUCAUGUUGUUGUAGUUUUCCUUUUCCCUGCUAUUACUAUAAUAUAAUGAUAGGGAAUCAUAGUUUUGCUGUGAUACUGGUAUCUUUUUGAAAUGUGUAAUGGAAUUAUUACAAAAAAUCUUUGUGGGGAUUUCACGAUGAGGCCUUUGUCACUUUAUAUUUCACGCUCCAUAUUACCUCUCAAGGUGGCCUCUGGUCACUCAGCAGAGUUAGAUCACAGGAAGCUGUAAUGAUCCCUGUGGAGAAACUGGGUCACUGCAGCAGCAGCACCGUCACCACCAACAGCAGCAGCAGAGAGCAGAAUCACACAACACCAAAUGUGUCAGUCAAGAAAUAAUGUCAGGAGGUGAAUAUGUGGGGAACAGCAGCGAAGAAGAGCGGCUCCGUGGGCCGGGGCGUGCAUCUUAAAACCAAUCAUUUGGCCUUUUUCUUCUUCCCGGGGUAAAUAGAGAAGUAAAACUCUUGUGUGUUCAGAAUAUAUGUUCAAAUUUUUCAUGAGAAAAAAUAUCAAACACAGCUAUCAGUAAGCAGUUUAUUUCUCAGUGUCAACAUCAUUGUGUACCACCCCUCCCCACUUUUCUGUAGUCUGAAAUGUUCCAGAGUGGUUGAAACACGUGCGUGAUGGUGCCCUCUGCAGGCUCAACCAGGUAUUGAGAAGUAGACUGAAACACGCAUUUGUCCCCAGAGGAGAAGCUCUGGCGACACCUAGCGAACAAACACGGGACCUGCUCUUCCUGGCCUCUCCAUCUUCUUUCUUCUCCAUGUUGAUAUAAAAUGGUGGUGAAAUGACUAUGGAUUGCUGUUGAUUUUUUUCCCCCCUUUAAUCUUGUUCCAUCAUUUGAGGGGGAAUCUGCAUCAUUCUUUUUGCUGACACUGUCAAGAGGCAUAUGAAUCAACAAGUCUUUGAAAUUUUUGUGCUUUUUGUGUCUGAAGUUUUUCAUAAGAACCAGUUACAUAAUUUUUUGGUUUACAUUCAUUUGCUGCUGUGGCUGUUGGCUCUCUGGGCAUACUGUUCACAAGCAACCAGUCGUGUCUUUAACUGUGAUCUAGAGUAAUGCUGUAAUUCAGAUCCUAUGGUUCAUGUGUAUUAGUGUUAUCAUUUGCAUAUGUUAGUUCAAUUAAGCUGGUGACCUUUGCUGACCUAAACAGGCCUUCAGUUCUGACGGCAUGUUUCAGACAACUAUUAGGAUCAGGUGGCACAACACUACUGAGCAUGUAUACUGGUGUGUUGUGAUGAAAUGUCAAAUAUCAACAUCAUGGAAUAAAGAAAGGUGCAGAAAUGUA